CAAGCAGUAGAACAUCGCAUGCUGUUUCCAGCAUGGCUCCUAAAGGCAAGAGUCGGAAACCUAAAACAGUUAAAUUUGUAGAGAAAGAGGAAUGUGAAGAUGACAACAAUGAAGCUGAGGAACAAGCUGAUAAGGAUGGAGAAAAAGAGGAUGAGGAGUUCACGUUGGAUGAAGUUUUACGCUUGGGGGGCACCAAAGCGGACUUCAUCAUGCUCUCUGGCAUCGAUGACUCGAAAGAGUUAGUAGGCGGUGGCAAGAAAGGUGCAAUUGAUGAUCUGGAGGAAGGAGAGCUGGAGAAAUUGAUCAACAAGCUUGGCUUACAAAAAUAUGCAGAUCUGCAGAUCAUCCCGGAUGAGGAUGUACCAAACGAGGAUGAACCACCAGAGGCUGGUGACAAAGAAAAGGAGAGUGAUGCUAAGACAGAAGUUAAAAAUGUGAAAGCUGCCGGUCAAGAGUCAAAGGCAGGAGCUAAAAAGCCAGAUGAAAUCAAGAAACAGACAAACAAGUUCAAGGAUGGCCCUAGCACCAGUGGGUCUAGUAAGAAGGUUAAACAGAAUGUUAAUGUAUUUGAAUAUACCCCCAGGACUCUGUUACUCGUCAAACCAGGUGGGAAGUGGUAUGACCAGGAGUACACAUCGGAGAGAGAAACUGUGCCACAGGAUGACUCUGUGGUUGCCCAGUACAAAGCCCUGGCUAUGAAUCUGUAUGAGGGUGAAAUUGGGAUCUACAAGACCAAAAAGAGCAUGCAGAAGGGGGCCAACUCUGCCUGGAUGAAAGCCGUGGUCUCCACGGGAACACUCGUCGACAGGAUGGCGGCCAUGACGGUUCUCAUCCAGGACACUCCUGUUCACAGCCUUGAGCAUAUAGAGAGCUUGGUGUCGUUUGUGAAGAAGAAGGGCAGUCGCCGGCAGGGCCUGAUGGCUCUGGACACGCUGCGGGAGCUCCUGAUCUCAGACCUGCUCCCGGAGAACCGCAAGCUCCGGUCGUUCUCUCAGCGUCCCUUCGACCAGCUGGAGGAGAGGGCCAGCGGCAACAGGGACGUCCGCGACCGCCGACUCCUCCUCUGGUACUUCGAGCAUCAGCUGAGGAACCUGGUGGCUGAGUUCGUGGUGGCCCUGGACGGCGUGGCUCACGACACCGUGCUGGCCACCAAGACCCGCGCGCUGACCACGGCCCACGAGCUCCUGUGCAACCGGCCGGAACAGGAGCGGGCCCUGCUCAUCCAGGUGGUCAACAAGCUGGGGGACCCCGAGUUCAAAGUGGCCUCCAAGACCUCGUACCUGCUGGAGACCCUGCUCCACAAGCACCCCAACAUGAAGGGGAUCGUGUGCCUGGAGGUGGAGCGACUCAUGUUCAGGCCCAACAUCAGCGCCAAGGCCCAGUACUACGGCGCAUGCUUCCUCAACCAGGUCAUCCUCAGUCACGAGGAGAGCGAGCUGGCCAGCAAGCUCAUCAGCAUCUACUUCUCCUUCUUCCGCGCCUGCAUCAGAAAGAAGGACGUGGAGUCCAAAAUGCUCAGUGCCCUGCUGACCGGGGUGAACAGGGCCUACCCCUACGCCAAGGCCGGAGACGAGAAGAUCAAAGAACAGUUGGACACGCUCUUCAAGGUGGUGCACCUGGUGAAGUUCAACACGGCUGUCCAGGCCCUCAUGCUGCUCUUCCAGGUCAUGGACUCUCAGCAGGCUGUCUCUGACCGGUACUUUGUUGCGUUGUACAGGAAACUGCUGGACCCGGAUUUGUCCAGAAGCUCUAGGCAGAGCAUGUUUCUUAACCUUCUCUACAAAUCCCUGAAGGCUGACAUUGUCCUGCGUCGGGUGAAGGCCUUUGUAAAGCGCCUGCUGCAGGUCAGCUGUAGCCAGAACCCCACGUUCGCAUGUGGAGCCCUCUACCUGGUGUCAGAGGUCAUGAAGGCCAAACCUGGCCUCAAAUUACUCCUGCAAGAAGGGGAUGACGAGGAGGAGAGGUUUGAGGACCUGGUGGAAGAUGAUGAUGACGAAGAGGAAAAGUUUGUUGAUGCUGAUAAAGUGGAUGCGGUCAAGGAGGAUGGCGUGAAGGAGGAUGAGGAGAUUACACCUGUGCCAGAAAAGCCAACUGCAUCAUGGGUACACCAUAAGAACUUGGAAGGCGGAAAGAACAGGGAAAUGUAUGACCCCGUGCACAGAAACCCGCUUUACUGUGGUGCUGACCGAACUACACUCUGGGAGCUUCAGAAGCUAUCUUCGCACUUCCACCCCUCAGUGGCCCUGUUUGCAAAAACCAUUCUGCAGGGGCAGUUCAUUCAGUAUACAGGUGAUCCACUACAGGACUUCACCCUCAUGCGGUUUUUGGAUCGCUUUGUGUUCAGGAACCCCAAGCAGCUGAAGGGCAAACAAAACACAGAUGCCGUAGUGAUGAAACCUAAGCACAGGCAAUCCAUGAACAAUGUUCGCUCUCUGCCAGUGAAUGGUGAGGAGUUCCUUGCCAAAGAUGAGACUCAAAUUCCUGUGGAUGUGAUCUUCUUUCAUCGGUUCUUCAAGAAACGUGAACAGGAGAAACAGCUAAAGAGGCCGCGGGUCAUCGGAGACACCGACAGUGUGGAGGACGUGGACGACGACGAGUUCGAGAGGGCGCUUGAUGCGUAUGAAGGGGACGAUUUCUUUGCAGAUUUUAAGGACAAUGACCUUGACUUUGCUGGGAGCGUAAAGAAAAAGUCCAAGAAAAAGAAGGGUGAGGAGGAAUCGGACGUAGACUCCGCCGAUGAGGAUGACCUGGACGAUGAGGAGGUGUCUCUGGGUAGCAUGGACGAGGAAGACUUUGGUGAAGAAUUAGAGGAAGAAGGAGGAGCAUUCAUGGACGUAGGAGAGGGGGAUGACGAUGACGAUGAUGGAGAAGUGCCAGAACUGGAGGAGGGUGACUUCGAUGGAUUGGAGGACGACGAUGACGAGGAUGAACCUCUAGAGGUCAUCAAACCAACCAAAAAAGGCAAGAGGAAAUCGUCAGAGGACUUGGAUUUCUCGGAGACUUCGGGUUCCAAACCAGGCAAAAAGAAGAAGGGCAAGAAGGGUUCGGUGACAUUUGCUACUGCUGAAGAGUUUGGGGAUCUUCUGGAUGAAAAUGUGGACUCUGGAUUUGAUACUACCGGUAUCAAUGCCAUGUCCAAUAAGGACAAAGCAAGUGUCAAACAGAUGAAAUGGGAGGCCAAGCGAGACGACUGGCUUCACGACCGAGACACCAAAACUCUUCGCAAAAAGAAUGCCAUGUUCAAGAAGAAGAAAGCAUUCAGCAAACCCUGGAUGGGCAAAAAGAUGGGUGGAAAAAAGAAGAUGGGUGGAAAAAAGAUGGGUGGGAAGAAAUAAGUGAGGAUCAUGUUGUGCCCAUCUAAAACAUUGUAAACUCCAGAGGACUUUUCUUGCUCUACAACCAACCAUCUGUUGUGCCUAUUCCUUCUUAGCGGACCAGGCCUCUUGAUCCGUUUCUCGAAUGCCAUGGAUCCCUGCCCACUCGUUGGACUUGUAAUAUACUGGAUAAGGAAGGAGUGAAGAGAUGUAUAGAGCAAAUCAUGUUCAAUACAGCCUGUAUUUAACUAAAAUGUUAAUAUUGGUUUUCCCAAUAUUGUUUUUGAUGUUUUCUAUGAUUGUAAAAAUAAACUUUUAAUAUUUCUAUUUGGA